UGGUUAAUAUCCCAGAAGUCUUUGCACCAGGAAGUGGGAAGCUGUCUAUCUGUUUAGUGUUUUGACAAUGAUGGAGGAAGAAGAAUUUGAAUUCGCCGAUGAUUUGGAGGCAAUUUUGCACCUCACGCCAGAAGUACAACUAGCGAUUGAACAGGUGUUUCCAAGUCAAGAUCCGCUUGAUAAAGCAGACUUCAACGCUGUGGAAUACAUCAACACAUUGUUUCCCACCGAACAGUCCCUUGCUAAUAUUGAUGAUGUGGUAAACAAGAUACGUCUGAAAAUAAGGCGCCUUGAUGACAACAUCAGGACGGUGGUGAGAGGUCAGACCAACGUGGGGCAGGAUGGCAGGCAGGCUUUGGAAGAGGCCCAAGUAGCAAUUCAGCAGCUUUUUGGAAAAAUCAAAGACAUCAAGGACAAGGCAGAGAAGUCUGAACAAAUGGUAAAGGAGAUUACCAGGGACAUAAAACAGUUAGACCAUGCAAAGCGCCACCUCACGACAUCCAUCACCACGCUGAACCACCUGCAUAUGUUAGCGGGAGGCGUGGACUCUUUAGAGGCCAUGACCAGAAAAAGGCAGUACGGUGAGGUGGCCAAUCUCCUGCAAGGAGUGGUAAACGUUCUCGAACACUUCCACAAGUAUAUGGGCAUACCACAGAUCAGACAGCUCUCUGAGAGAGUCAAAGCAGCCCAGAGUGAAUUGGGCACACAGAUCCUGGCAGAUUUUGAAGAAGCGUUCCCGUCUCAGGGCUUCAAGAGGCCCGGUGGGCCAAGCAAUGUGUUAAGGGAUGCCUGUCUGGUUGCAAAUGUUCUCGACCCACGCAUCAAACAGGAGAUAAUAAAAAAGUUCAUUCGGCAGCAUCUCUCUGAGUACCUUGUGCUCUUUCAGGAAAACCAAGAUGUUGCGUGGCUCGACAAGAUUGAUCGCCGCUACGCCUGGAUCAAGCGGCAACUCAUUGACUACGAGGAAAAAUACGGACGCAUGUUUCCAGAGGAGUGGUGCAUGACAGAACGUAUCGCAGUGGAAUUCUGCCACGUCACCAGAGCUGAGCUUUCCAAAGUAAUGAGAACACGAGCCAAGGAGAUCGAAGUGAAGCUGCUUCUAUUUGCCAUUCAGAGGACCACAAACUUCGAAGGUCUGCUAGCAAAACGUUUCACAGGAAGCACAUUGACUGAUGCCCCCGUGAAGCAGAGGCCAGAGAGUCCUUUAGACCCAUCUAAUCCUUUCUUGGAGGAUGAUCAAGGAGAUGAUGAGGGUACUCAGAAAGAUGACAAGGAUGAGGAUCUGGCAAAGCCCAGAAAACCAAAGGCUCCUGAUAAUCCUUUCCAUGGCAUCAUCUCCAAGUGCUUUGAGCCCCAUCUGUAUGUCUACAUAGAAUCUCAAGACAAGAACCUCGGCGAAUUGAUAGACAGGUUUGUGGCUGACUUCCGAGCACAAGGCCCACCCAAGGUCGCCACCGAUGAGGGCGGCGCUGUUCUGCCAAGCUGUGCCGACCUCUUUGUCUAUUACAAGAAGUGCAUGGUCCAGUGCUCCCAGUUGAGCACUGGGGAGCCCAUGAUUGCCCUCACGACCAUCUUUCAGAAAUUCCUGCGGGAGUAUGCCUGGAAGAUCCUCUCAGGCAACCUGCCCAAGUCAAGCAGUAACAGCGGGGUUCUGACGAUCAGCAGUCUGCUGAAGGAGAAGGAAGGCUCGGAAACGGCCAAGUUCACCGUUGACGAGCUGUGCCUCAUCUGUAGCAUCCUGAGUACUGCGGAGUACUGCCUUGCUACCACCCAACAGCUUGAAGAGAAACUAAAAGAGAAAGUGGAUAAAAUCCUGGUGGAGAGAAUUAAUUUGACUGGAGAGAUGGAUACAUUCAGCACCGUGAUCUCUAAUAGUAUCCAGCUACUUGUGCAAGAUCUGGAUGCCGCUUGUGACCCUGGUCUCACUGCAAUGAGCAAGAUGCCGUGGCAGAAUGUGGAGCAUGUCGGUGACCAGAGUCCAUAUGUGACUUCAAUCAUCAUGCACAUCAAGCAGAAUGUGCCGAUCAUCAGAGACAAUUUGGCCUCCACGCGCAAAUAUUUCACGCAAUUCUGCAUCAAAUUCACAAACUCCUUCAUCCCUAAAUUUAUCAAUCACUUGUUCCGAUGUAAGCCUAUCAGCAUGGUGGGAGCAGAACAACUCCUCCUGGACACACACUCCUUAAAAACAGUCCUCCUAGAUCUGCCCUCCAUCGGUUCCCAGGUGCUUCGCAAGGCACCUGCCAGCUACACUAAGAUCGUGGUGAAGGGCAUGACCCGUGCAGAGAUGAUACUUAAGGUGGUGAUGGCCCCACAUGAACCGCCCGUGGUGUUUGUGGAUAACUACAUCAAGCUCUUGGCCGACGGCAAUCCUGAGACUUUCCAGAAAAUACUCGACAUGAAGGGUUUAAAACGUGGCGAGCAGAGCAGCAUGCUGGAGCUCUUCAGACAGAGGUUACCCACACCGCCCUCGGGGGCCGAAGGCGGCCCCUCCUUGUCCUUCAGCGCCCCCACCCCUGAGCAGGAGUCCUCCCGCAUACGUAAACUAGAAAAACUCAUCAAGAAGAGACUGUGAAGGGAACAAUACUUCAAGAUGCCGUGUGCGGCUGGCCUGGCCUUUACCACUCAAUUAUUGAUCUCACAAAAUGUCGCUCUGCUGCUCCGUUGACUUAUUGUUCAAAACAAAAGCGUUGACUCCAUUUUUCAUCACACAUAAAAAUAAACCAAGGUCCUGGCAAGUUAAGAAAAAAAACUUCCCCAGUGGUGACUUGCUGUUGGUAAAUAUUCGUUUAUUUGUGCAAUUUCCUUCCCGUUGCGUUCACACCGAGGCCAGCGGUUUGAUUGGGCGAUAGCGCAAUUGAGUUUCCGUAAUUCCCGGCCUACAGAGCACACCUGGUUAUAAGCCUCACCCAGUACAUUUGGAAAGGAAAUACCAUUUGGUACAUACAUACACCGCAGCCGUGUAAAAGCCGCAAGUGCCCACGUUGAAACAAGAUUUUUACAAAGAGGUAGACAGAGAGUUUAACACUAGCGAGAGUUUAACACUAGCGAGAGUUUAACACUAGCGCCGCCACGCCAACGCUAGCGCCGCCGCGUUAACGCCACCACGCUACCGCUAGCACCGCCGCGCGCCCUAACGGCCGUUUAAAAAAAACAUACUGGUAAAAAUCACUGAGACACGGCAGUAACACGCUAGCGCCGCAGUAGCAGGGCCGGACCGGUAAAAGUCAUUUUCUCGGCACAUAUAUUCGGUCUCACAAAUCACGGCAGUAACACAGCAGCAACAUGCUAGCGCAGCGCUAACAGGGCCGGUUAAAAAAAAAAAAGAAAACAUACAGGUAAAAAUCACUGAGACACGGCAGUAACACAGCAGUAACAUGCUAACACAGCGCUAACAGGGCCAGUUAAAAAAAAAAACAUACAGGUAAAAAUCACUGAGACACGACAGAAACACUCUAGCAGUAAAAGUCACAUCUUCGGCACAUAUAUUCCACCGGUCUCACUCUUACUUUUUCCGCUCGAGUGCUCCCUUGCAGUUGUUGGAAAAAAAAUGCACAAAUAAUCCGCAUCACCAUAUAAAACGCACGGUUGAAAGAGUGUGGAAAAGUCCAAAAUUACAAAAGAAUGAAUGUUCUUAUGAGCCAAGUGAAAUGUUGUUUUCUUAUUAUGAUAAAUGACUCUACCCGCAGGGCCAUGGUGUUAAAUGGCAAAUCUGAGUGUAUUGAUUUGAAUUUUACACUUCCCUUCCAUAGAUUUAUGAACGAGAAAAUAAAAUGUUCUUCGCGUUUA